AUGGAACCCGCCAAAAUUCCCGUCCAACCGCCCAAGAAGCGCCGCAUCGGUGUACUUACCUCCGGAGGUGAUGCCCCCGGUAUGAACGGUGCCGUGCGGGCUGUGGUCCGCAUGGCCAUUCACAGUGACUGUGAGGCCUACGCCGUCUUCGAAGGAUAUGAGGGUCUGGUCAGCGGUGGCAACAUGAUCCGUCAGCUGCACUGGGAAGAUGUUCGCGGCUGGUUGUCCCGCGGUGGUACAUUGAUUGGUUCCGCGCGAUGCAUGGCCUUCAGAGAGCGUGCUGGUCGCUUGCGGGCUGCAAAGAACAUGAUCCUGCGCGGCAUUGAUGCGCUGGUGGUCUGCGGUGGUGAUGGUAGCUUGACGGGUGCCGACGUUUUUCGUGCGGAGUGGCCCGGCUUGCUAUCUGAACUUGUCUCCGCGGGCGAAUUAACCAAGGAGCAGAUCGAGCCCUACACGGUCCUUAACAUUGUCGGUCUGGUCGGCUCUAUUGAUAACGACAUGUCCGGUACCGACGCCACUAUUGGCUGCUACUCGUCCUUGACGCGCAUCUGUGACGCCGUCGAUGAUGUCUUUGAUACUGCCUUCUCUCAUCAGCGAGGAUUCGUGAUUGAGGUGAUGGGUCGUCAUUGUGGAUGGCUCGCCCUGAUGUCCGCCAUCAGCACUGGUGCAGACUGGCUGUUCAUCCCUGAGAAUCCUCCCAAGGAGGGCUGGGAGGAUGAGAUGUGUGCCGCCAUUACCAAGAAUCGCAAGGAGCGAGGCAAGCGCCGUACGAUCGUGAUUAUUGCCGAGGGUGCACAGGAUCGUCAACUGAACAAGAUUUCGAGCUCAACAAUCAAGGAUAUCUUGACCGAAAGACUGGGCUUGGAUACUCGAACCACGGUUUUGGGUCAUACCCAGCGUGGUGGUGCGGCAUGUGCCUAUGACCGUUGGCUCUCAACCCUGCAAGGCGUCGAGGCCGUUCGGGCUGUGCUGGAGAUGUCUCCCCAGUCCCCCGUGCCCGUCAUCACAAUCCGUGAGAACAAGAUCAUGCGUACCCCCCUGAUGGAUGCAGUCCAAGCCACCAAAGAUGUCACAGCCAAGAUUCACGCGAAGGAUUUCGAUGCCGCCAUGAACGAGCGUGAUGCUGAGUUCAAAGAAUACUAUCACGCAUACUUGAAUACAUCAACUCCAGAUCACCCCAAGAUGUCUCUUCCCGAGAACAAGAGAAUGCGCAUUGCGAUCAUCCAUGUCGGUGCUCCCGCCGGUGGUAUGAAUCAGGCUACACGAGGAGCCGUGGCCUACUGCCUGACCCGGGGCCACACCCCGCUUGCUAUUCACAAUGGCUUCCCCGGCCUCGUCCGUCACCAUGACGACAAGCCUAUCAGUUCCGUUCGGGAGGUCAAAUGGCUCGAGUCUGACAGCUGGGUCAACGAAGGAGGUUCAGAUAUUGGAACCAACCGUAGCCUUCCGUCGGAAGAUAUGGAAGGUACCGCCAAGUGCUUUGAGCUUUACAAGUUCGAUGCCGUUUUCGUGGUUGGUGGAUUUGAGGCUUUCACAGCGGUUAGCCAACUGCGCCAGGCCCGUGAUAAAUACGAUGCAUUCAAAAUCCCUCUCAUCGUAUUGCCAGCCACCAUCUCCAAUAACGUCCCUGGUACUGAGUACUCCCUUGGUAGCGACACCUGCCUUAACACUCUCAUCGAUUUUUGUGACGCCAUUCGGCAGUCUGCCUCGUCCUCUCGCCGCCGAGUUUUCGUCAUUGAGACCCAGGGAGGCAAAUCUGGUUACAUCGCAACCACUGCUGGUCUAGCAGUAGGUGCAGUGGCGGUUUACAUCCCCGAGGAGGGUAUUGACAUUAAGAUGCUCUCACGGGAUAUUGACUUCCUGCGGGACAACUUCAUUCGCGACAAGGGCGCCAAUCGUGCUGGCAAGAUCAUUCUUCGGAAUGAAUGCGCAUCGAGUACUUACACUACUCAGUUUGUUGCUGACAUGUUUAAGGAGGAGGCCAAGGGUCGCUUCGAGUCGCGCGCUGCUGUACCAGGUCACUUCCAGCAGGGUGGCAAGCCAUCCCCCAUGGACCGUGUUCGUGCACUGCGUAUGUCCAUCAAGUGUAUGCAACACAUCGAGUCGUACGCAGGCAAGAGCCGCGACGAUAUUGCUGCGGAUCCUUUGUCAGCCGCUGUCAUCGGUGUCAAGGGCUCACAGGUGCUGUUCUCGCCAAUGGGUGGAGCUGAUGGUUUAGAGGAGACCGAGACCGACUGGGUUCGUCGCCGCCCUAAGACUGAGUUCUGGCUGGAGCUGCAGGAUGUCGUCAACGUCCUGUCUGGCCGAGCUGCUUCCCGUACCCAGGAGACCUGGUCUUGCUACGAGAGUACGUAA